UCAGAAGUCUUGGACAUGAGCGCUGGGUCGAGCGAGGAGCUGAAGAGGUCAGUCGUGCCUGAAGUGAGACCGGGAGAGGAGCGUUCUCGUCACAUUAAAGAAAAUGCAUGUGUUUCGUUUUCUUCCCGUUUUUUUUGCUGUGGUUUUGUUCAGCGGAAGUGCAAAUGGAGGGAGAGAAAAGAGAUACUUGUUUAUUAAUCCGGAAGCACCUAUUACACUCGGUUUUCUGUUAAACAUGCCCAUCUCCCUGGCCUUGCCCACCCUGGCUUCUGUGAACGGCCGCUCCCUGCAGUUCCUGACGCCAGCAGAAGGAGAGGAGAUUCCCGAUGACCUGCUUUGGGAGCCUGCUUACGAGGAGCAGCUGGGACGGCUUGCUGCCUACUUUGCUCAUCUCGAGCUUCCCACUCUGUCAUGUCAAGAACGCCUUGUGUGUGAAUUGGCCGCUGAUCCAGACAGCUUUUCGCCCAUCGGGGAAAUCUUCAUGAAGGAAUUGAGGCUGAACCACGGCCCUGUAAAAACCACAUCAGACUCACUAAUGUGGCGGUACAUCUCGGCGGCAAGAGAAGGGUUUGGGUCAGUCAGUGGGCAGUGUGCUGUGGCCUUCCCUGUUUGUCCCUACGCCCCUAACAGGAUUCUUAAUAUGGCUGUUUUGAAGGUGUGGAAGUAUAUAUCCGAAAGGUUGAAUCUUCAGUUGGUAUGAGUUGGUAUUUUUUAAAAUGGAUUUUGGAGUUGUGAAGCGAUGUUGGAUGUCUUAAGAAAUUAUUUUCAAAUAAUUAUUUGAAUGUUUUAAGAAUCAUUUUGGGUAUAUAGAGUAACAUAGGAUUUUUUUUUUACAUUUAUGAUUUUUUAAUAUCUGUUCACUAAUU